AUGACGACCACUGCGAGAUUGCGGUGGUGUGCUCGAACCCAGGUCCAUCAGCCAACCCGUGCUCAGAGCAGUGGCCUGAUGGUUGCAUUGGCUGCGCCCGUCUGGAGAACCUUCGCGGGCACACAAGAAGAGAGCAGCGCCAAAAAGCUGCAGGGAGCUGUGCUGCUCCACACCCCAUCUACCCAGGCUCCGGGCUCGCUUGCAGAUUCCUCCAGCGCUGAUGUAAUAAUGCCUGUCGCCCAAGGCUCGACAGGCCCGCAAGCAGCAAUGGAUGACGGCCGACAGCCGUCAACCGUCAGCCGGCAGCCAUCAGCCAUCAGCCAUCAGCCAUCAGCCAUCAACCAGCAGCCAAAGGCGUCGAGGGCAGGACCUAUGGGCACUGGCACACUGGUCUCGCCGCCCGAGGUCCCGAGACAGCUGCACGACCCAGGCUAG